CUAGGCAAAACUGGAUUCACUCCAACUAGAUUGCAUAUAUCAUUUAAUAAAAUCAAGUUUAAUUCGUACAGAAAAUAUGAAAGUAAAAAUUAUCGAGACCCUGCUUAUAAGCACGCACACCAUUUCGCGUGCGCGCGAUGUUGGAACUUCAGAUUCACAACACACACCUCCCAUCACGAGCAUCGUGCUGAUAACGUGUUAUACUGCUUGUGGACCUCACGACCUCACGACUUUAAACCGCGUCCACAAAUGAAGACUUCAGCCCUUGCUUAUAAGCAUGCACACCAUUUUGUGUGCGAGCGGUGUGGGAACUUCAGGUUCACAACGUACAUUUCGUUUCGGUAAUUUCUAGAAAACUCUCUAAGCAAUUGUUUUUACGUCAUGACGUUUCCCGUUUGAUGCUUCUUAUAUUUCCUGUGUUUCUGUAUAACAUAGCUAGAUUGCUCAGAUUUUGGUUCUGAAACGGUUGUAUUUUUCCAUAAAAAGGUGGAAACCCGCACGAGCAUUCUUUCUUAAUCAUAGAAAUGAUGAUGCAUAAAGCCAGCACUCAAACUCAAUCAUUAAUGCUAUCAAACAACACAUUUAUAUAUUUCUUCCAAUCUGCAUUCUCUGCAACAAACCCCAAUGUCUUCUUUCCUCAUCCACUUAUUCUCUCAUCCUCAAGACAAUAUAAAAACAGUUUACUAGAACAAAAUUUCCCAUUUCCAAAUGGCUCUUCAGCAAAUCUCUUCUUUUUUCCUGAUGUUAUUUUUACUAUCCUACUCAUGUCAUCCAACCUUAGACAAACAGUCUGAGUUCUUUACUUUUAUGAAGAAAUCCUUCACUGGGAACUUCAUAGACAGCUGGGAUGGAAAGCCUGUGUGUGAGUAUAGAGGAGUUGGUUGUGAUGAUAAAGGGCAUGUGGUGAAAAUAGACAUCUCAGGAUGGUCACUGUCUGGGAUAUUCCCUGAAGAUCCAUGUUCAUAUCUGCCAGAGCUGAGAAUACUCCAUCUUGCUCACAACAACUUCCAAGGAAGCUUCCCAGCAAGCCUCACCAACUGUUCUUUAUUGGAAGAGCUUAACAUGAGUUCCACACACCUCACAGGGGCAUUGCCAGACUUUUCACCUCUCCAGGCUUUGAGAUCACUUGACCUGUCAUACAAUUUCUUUGAAGGUGACUUCCCCAUGUCAUUCACUAACCUCAGCAACUUGGAGGGGCUCUACUUCAACGAAAACGCAGGCUUCAACCCAUGGGAAUUGCCUAAGAACAUUUCCCAGAGGCUUACUAAGCUCAAAUAUCUGAUCUUGACAACUUGCAUGUUGUCAGGAAGAAUCCCUCCAACAAUUGGGAACCUCACUGCCCUUGUGGAUCUUGAGCUGAGUGGGAACUACUUGGCAGGUAGGAUCCCGCGUGAGCUCGGGCUCCUCCAAAAUUUGGAGUAUCUUGAGCUUUACUAUAACCAAAUGGAAGGCGAGAUUCCCGAAGAGCUCGGGAAUCUAACUAAACUCAGGGAUUUAGAUUUGUCUGUCAACAAGUUAACCGGUAAAAUCCCCGAGUCCAUAUGUUUUCUUCCUAAACUAGAAUCUUUUCAGGUUUACAACAACUCUCUCUCAGGAGAAUUCCCGGCCUCUCUUGCUAACUCAAAGACUUUGAGAAUUUUAUCCCUUUACACCAAUCAUAUGACGGGUGUAGUGCCUCGAAGCUUCGGGAUGUCUUCUCCUCUUGAAGCAUUGGACUUGUCCGAGAAUGAGUUCUCGGGCGAGUUGCCCCCAGAACUCUGCUCUGGAAGAAAGUUAAAAUAUUUACUAGUACUUCAAAACAAGUUCUCUGGACAGCUGCCCGAGAGCUAUGGAGAAUGCGAGACACUAGUCCGCUUCCGAGUCAAUAAUAACCAUUUGGAGGGCGAGAUACCCGAACGCAUAAUCGGACUUCCACAGGUUUCGAUCAUUGAUGUGAGUCACAAUCACUUGGAAGGUUCGAUCCCGAUAACAAUCGGAAAUGCGAAAAACUUGUCAGAACUAUUCCUUCAAGGUAACAACAUUUCAGGGAGACUUCCACCCGAAAUCACUGGAGCAACCAAUCUUGUAAAGAUUGAUGUGAGCAACAACCACUUAUCAGGACCAAUACCAUCAGAAAUAGGGAGCCUUGAAAGGCUCAAUACAUUGCUUCUACAAAACAACAAGUUCACCUCUUCCAUCCCCAAGUCCUUAGCUUCCCUCCUUUCACUCAAUGACCUUGAUCUAUCUAGCAAUCUCUUGACUGGAGAAAUCCCAUCCAGUCUUGCUCAACUUCUACCAAACACCAUGAACUUCUCAAAUAAUAUGCUAUCAGGGCCAAUACCCACCCCCUUUGUAAGAGGUGGCAUACUCGAAAGCUUUUCGGGAAACCCAUCGCUCUGUGUACCUAUAUGUUUAAACUCAUCAAACACAACUAGUCUCCUCCCGCUUUGCUCAAACGCCACCCCACAGGAUAAAAAGAAGCGGUUUUUAGGCCUCGUAUGCAUGUUCGGGAUUUCGGCAGGGAUCACCGUGCUCGGAGUCGUCCUGUUUGUGAAGCGAUGGUGCGACAAGAAGAAGGAGACAGCAUACAGAGAUGACAUGUUUCCAUCAUCUGUGUUCUCCAAGAGCUUCCACCGGGUAAGCUUCGAGCAUCGGGAAGUCUUCGGUGGGAUGGUUGAGGAGAACAUAGUGGGGUACGGAGGAUCCGGGACAGUCUACAAAGUCGAACUAAGCAACGGGGAAGAGAUUGCUGUGAAGAAACUCUGGAGCGAUCACAACAAAGGGAAGUGGGAAGAGGAGGAGCAGGAAGGUGAAGAAUUUGUGGUUCUUGACAAGGAACUGAAAACUGAGGUGGAGACUCUUGGAAACAUAAGGCAUAAGAACAUAGUGAAGCUCUAUUGCUACUUCUCCAGUCUUGACUGCAACUUGCUGGUUUAUGAGUAUAUGAGAAAUGGUAACCUUUGGGAUGCUCUUCACAAGGGAAAUGUUCUUCUGCAUUGGCCUAUUCGCUACCAGAUUGCUCUGGGGGUUGCUCAGGGUUUAGCCUACCUCCAUCACCAUCUCCAGAGACCUAUAGUUCACAGGGAUAUUAAAUCUACAAACAUUCUUCUUGAUGUUGAUUACCAUCCCAAAGUUGCAGAUUUUGGAAUUGCCAAAGUUCUGCAGGCUAGAGGAGGUGGGAAUGAUUCCUCUACUACUGUUAUUGCUGGAACAUAUGGUUACUUGGCCCCAGAAUACGCAUAUGGUUCGAAGGCAACCACGAAAUGUGACGUAUACAGCUUCGGCGUGGUGUUGUUGGAGCUAAUAACGGGGAAAGAGCCAAUGGAGGGAGAAUAUGGAGAGAACAAGAACAUAGUGUCUUGGGUUUCUACAAAGGUGGAAACCAAGGAAGGAGCAUGCCAAGUUUUGGACAAACGUUUGACAGCACUGUUUGAGGAUGACAUGAUUAAGGUUCUUCAUGUUGCCAUUCGUUGCACUUCUAAGACGCCCUCCCUUCGCCCAACCAUGAAUGAAGUCGUCCAAAUGCUAGUGGAGGCUGAUCCUUGCAAGUUCAACUGUUGCCAGUUUCCAAAUAAGACCAAAACCGACUUGGAAAGUGUCAUCAAGCCAAAGCCAAAGAGUGGUUGUGAUGUGUGAUAGAGAAUUUUGGAGGGGUAUUAGAUGAAUAAGAAUAUAUAGAUCAUAUCAAUAAGAUUCAGAGCCUGUUUUGUAACUGUGAAAUUGGCUGAAGUUGAUGAACUUGUAACUAAAAUAACUGAAUUUGAUGAAAUAUGGAAAGAGUUAAUUAAGAUACGGUGUAUAUACUACUCCUUCCGUCCCAAAAUAAAUGUCUUGUUUGUUUUAUCACAAGUUUUAAGAAAGUGAUUGAAAAAGAUAAAAGUUGUGAUUGAGAUUUGAGUAGAAAAAAGAUGAAUUCAUAUGAGUACUAAUAAGCAAGAAAGUUAUUUUGGGACGGAUGGAGUACUAAUAAAUUUAAGACGCUCUCCCUUCAUCCUUAUAGAAUUUUCUGUUUUCCAUUUUGGGAUAUCUCUUAAUAAAGUUCUCUU